AUGAUUCCCAUAAAUUUGCAACAUGCUUUGAAAGUGCGAUAUAAAGCUAAGAAGAGACGAAGAAAAGGACUGGAAAAUAACCAUAUGACAAUGACGAGAAAUUUUACUGCUUCGUUAUAUGGAUAUUUAACGAACGAUGCAAUCGACAAAGCAGAAAGUGUUGUUAUAUUUAUUAAUCAUGCCUUUAGUAUUGACGUAGAUUCAAAAGAAUCGCCAGUUCAAUGGAGUCUCCAUAUGCUACCGCAAAUGACUUAUGAUUGCUAA